UUGACAGACAGGCAAUAACCGCACUUGGUGUGUCUGUAUAUACGUGUUUGAGUGCGUACCUGGCUCAUGAUUUGUGGUAUAUCCUUCCUACCUACAUUUCUUGUCCCUUUGGUUCUUCAGAGGAAGGUAGAGAAAGUUUCGAAGAGAAGAUGGGAAGGCUAUUUGUUGUAACCCUUGAAGGCAAGAUCUAUAGCUGUAAAUACUGUGGAGUCCAUCUUGCUGUCAGUGACGACAUAUUAUCCAAGUCUUUCCACUGCAGAUACGGAAGGGCUUAUCUCUUCAGUAAGGUAGCUAAUGUCACUGUCGGAGAGACAGAAGAAAGAAUGAUGACAACUGGAAAGCACAUAGUUGCAGAUAUUUUCUGUGUACAGUGCGGUUCAAACGUUGGGUGGAAAUAUGAAACAGCUCAUGAAAAGAGUCAAAAGUACAAGGAAGGAAAAUCUGUCCUCGAGAGGUUUAAGAUUUUGGGUCCAGAUGGAAGCAAUUACUUGGUGAGCCAUGAAGCACACAUUGGAGGUAGUGACGCUGAUGAUGCUUGAUUAACCCUUAAUAUCUCCAGUUUUAAUUGUACAUUCUUUCAAACUCCCCUACCCCAGCAAACAGAAGCCAUCCUCCUUCUUAUUGAACUGCUGAAUUCAUGGAAUUGUAAUUUGAAAGCUGUGAAAAAGCUUGCUUAUUCUCAAGUAUCAACACUUCCAUUGUAAAUAUUCAAUAAUUUAUUCAAACAAAAUGUAACUCCGUAAUCUGUUAUUGUUACAUAUAACGGAGUUGAUGCUAUGAAUUCUUGGGUUUUUUUAGCAGGUUU